UCGAUUUAAUUCAUUAAUCGAAAACUAAUUAAGUCACACAUCCUUAUAAUAUGUUCCUUUCUUAAAAUCUACAUAAACACCAACUCCAACCAAAGUUCAUGCUGCUCGAUUCAGUUCAUUAAUCGACAACUAAGUUCUACAUCCUUAUAAUAUGUUCCUUUCUCAAAAUUUACAUAAAUACCAACUCCAACCAAAUCUCAUGUUGUUCGAUUCAACUCGUCAAUCGACAACCAAUUUCACAGCCUUAUAAUACGUUUCUUUCUCAAAAUUUACAUAAACAAGUAAAAUACUUUAUGCAUAAACACGAAAAAUACUUUAUACAUCGAACUGUGCUGCUGCAUUACUAGCCUAGUACUAGUAGCACCACUAUACUAGGCUACACUACACUACAUCUACUCUGCUAUGUUUAGCUUCAACUAAACUCCACAAUAUUCACAACCCCCUAGUUCCCUAAACCCUAGCUACCUUUCUCUCUCUCUCUCUCUCUCUCUCUCUCUCUGCAACUCCAUAUAUUGGUAUCUUCAUUACCAUUCCUCUAUCUACUACUGUAUUCCUUUUUGAGUACUUUGUUCCAUGGCUUCAGCUUGCAUGAACAAUGUUGGUGUAUCGCCGGAGAACUUUCUCGAUUACUGGUUAAGUCCUCGAAGAUCUAAUACAUCCGCAGUCGAUAAUAACCAGCAAGUAGUAUUAGAUCCAGAAGCUUCCGCCGUCAAUGAAAUGGUGACCGAUUUCGAGUUUCGACUUGAAGAUCCCGUUAAUAAUAAUAUGUUAUCAGCUGAUCAACUCUUCUCUGACGGAAAACUCAUGCCUCUUCAACUCAACGUUGUUCGUCCCGCAGCCACCCCGGAGACACCAAAGCUUCGUACUCAUGAAGACCAGUACGCGCGCGCCUUCUCUCCGAAGGCUCCGAGGUGUUCUAGUCGUUGGAAGGAGCUACUAGGCUUGAAAAACAAGCAGGAUGUUCAUAAGAAUUGGAAGAGUUUACUGAAUCGCAGCUCGAAAUCAUCGUCAGAUGAUUCAGCUCCGCUGUUAAAGGAUACAGAUAGCGAAAGCGUAUCGAUUUCUAGUUCGCGUUUGUCUUUAUCAUCGUCUUCAUCUUCCGGUCAUGAACACGAUGAUCUUCCUAGACUUUCUCUCGAUUCUGAUAAGCCAAAUCUCAAUCCCAAUCCCAAUCCCAAUCCCAAUCCUCCUAGAAUUAGACUAGUAAAACAUCGAGCUCUGUCAACGGAAAAUCCUAUUCCGACGAGAUUAGGUGGAAGUCCAGUACUCUCUGAUGAUAGUCCUCGUAUGAAUUCAUCAGGGAAGAUAGUUUUUUUUCACAAUUUAGGAAGAAGUGCAAGUAGUCCAAGUAGCUUUAAUAAUGGUGGAGGACCAAGGUACAAACAUGGUGGAGGUGGUGUAGAAAGGUCGUAUUCAGCUAAUGUUCGUGUUACUCCAGUUUUGAAUGUUCCAGUUUGCAGUUCUCUUAGAGGUUCUUCGAAAUCUGGAGUGUUUGGUUUUCCUCUGUUUUCCUCUUCUUCAUCAUCUAAUGGUGUUUCUGUUAACAAGAAACACCAUAGUAGUAGCAGUAAACCAAACAAAACCAAUCGAAUCAAGGAAUGAAGUAGUUGAUUCGGGACCUGAAAGAUGGUGAAGUCUGAGUAAACUCUAGUAGAGCGUGGGGUGAAGUCUUGAGUAAACUCUGGUAGAGGCUCGGAACUAUACCGACGUGCCAGUGCAGGGUGAAAGACUAAUCGAAUCGUUUAGCAGCUGGUUCUCCCCACCAAGUUUCCCUCAUAAUAGCUGGAGCUGCUGUGCGAGUUCUAUCGGGGUUUAAGAAAGGGCUUCACCACAAGAUUUAUUGUGCGCAGUCUUAUCUUACAUUUCUGUUAAAGACUGUUUUCAAGGUUUGAAACCGUGACCUCUUGAUCACAUGGCAGCAACUUUACUAGUUACUCCAAGCUCUCGUUCACAAGAUCAAGUUAAAUGACACGUUUAUAUGUUAUGCCUUUGUAAUAUUGAUGGGUGUACUUUUAGGACCCGUUUGAUAGGGUGGAUUAUUUUCAUAAUCCAUGUAUUAAAUGGUGGGAUUACUUAAUACAUUGUUUGGUAGCAAUUUUAAAAUUAUGUAUAACUAAUACAUGGAUUAGUUAUACACCAUACAUGGUAUAUAGGGUGUAUAACUAAUACAUCCAAUUUGGUGGGAUUAGUAAUCACUGGAUAAAUAUGUGUCAGGACAAAAACGUCCUCAAAUUUCUUUAAUUUUUUUCUAAAUCUUUUCAAUUUAUCAAGAUAAUAAUAUUCCUUCAAAUAAUUUUAGUCAUAAGAAAACUACUCCAUUAACUUAAAAAAUACUUAUUGAUCAAAAUUCGAAAAUAAAUUGCAUGAUUACAUGCAAAUUUUAAUUUUGUUAAAUAGGAUAUUCAUAAAUAAAAAUAAUUUUUCUACUUAGCUUUAACACUCUACGGAACACAAAUUUAUGUUAAUAAUAAUUCUAUUGUCUCAUUCAAAAGUUACACGUAUCUUCCUCGAACGUCAGAACAUCACAAAGUGGAAACAACAAAAAAAUGAUGAACAAAUAAAGAAAAGAUUAAAAAAAAUUAUAAGUGAAUGAUUGAAUCAUAGAAUUUCAAAGUAAAUAAUUAGUUAUAUAUAUAUAUUUUAAAAAGGAAUACUAAAAUUUUACAAAGAAAAUAUAUAAAGUUAUAACAUGUCAAAGGGUAUUUUUAUAAAUAAAUAAUAUUUUUUAAAAAAUAUAACAAUACAUAUUAGUUUUAAUAUAUCAAAUCAAACAUUAAAAAAAAAAAAAUCUCAAUAUUACUAAUUUCUAUAUUACUAAUCUCAAUAUUACUAAUAUAGUAUUAUCUUCUACACUCAAACGACUCCUAAAAGUUUGUGCAGUUCAAAGUCUUAGCUAGACAGCUCCAGCGUGCCUUUAGUUUAUGAAUCUGCUUCUUUUGUCUUUUUCCUAUUUUUUUUUUUUUUUUUAAAUUGUGAGUUGUGACUAUGUACACAGUGAAUUGUACUGUCUUUGGCUCUUUCUAGCUGUUAUCAAACUAGAUAUCAAUAUGCUCAUUAUGAGCGCAAGGGUAUGAUUGAGUGGUUGAAAGAUAGAUUUCUCAUGUCGAAGAUCUGUGAUGAAAUUCAAUCUCCGUCUGUCGCUCAAUUUCCAGACGGUCUAUUAAAUAGAUCAUCCGAUUAUUUUGGCGAAGCUGGAAGAGCCAUUUUUUAAGUCAAACGGGCGAAACGGCAGAAACUGCGAAUCUUUUACAACUUUUAGUGGAUGUUAGUCCGCAGAUCUGGGAGUGGAUGCGGGCUCCAAAAAAUUUUUGAGCGAAACUUAUCGAAGACCUGUGAUGGAAUUCAAUCUCCGUCUGUCGCGCGAUUUCCAGACGAUCUAUUAAAUGGAUCGGAUUGUUUUGGCAGAGCCAGGAGAGCCACGUUUUAAGUCAAACGGGCAAAACGGCAAAAAAUGUUAAUCUUUUACAACUUUCGAUGGGUGUUAGCCCUCAGAUCUGGGAGUGGAUGCGGGUUCCGAAAAAAAUUCUGGACGAAACUUCUCGAACGGCACCCCGGACGGCCUAGUAAAUGGAUUGAGUCGUUCAGUCAUGAGCUCGUCGUAGUGCGAUUUAUAUCUCAGAUGUGGUUUACGGACUAUUACACAGUAAGCACAUUCCCAC